AUGAGAAUUAUUGAGAUCUUUUUCCACUUUCUGAAUGAGGAUGAACUGAUUUUAUGUUGUGACGAGGCUUCCAGAGGUAACCCAGGGAAUGCAGAAUAUGGAUUUAUAGCCAGAAAUCAUCUUGGUUCCUUUGUUUUUGCAGAAACUGGAGGCCUGGGAGUUACUACCAACUAUGUUGCAGAAUUUAUGGCUAACAUCAGAACACUGGAAUGGGCUUUUGAGAACCAGAAGUUCAAACUAAUUCUGGAAUCUGAUUCUAAGACAUGUAUUACUUCUUUAAUACAACAGAAAAUUCCAUGGUUUCUCUUGGCUAGAUGGCGGAGAAUUCUUGCUGGCUUCCCUUCGAUUUCCUACAGGCAUGUUUACAGGGAGGUAAACUUUUCAGCUGAUCAUUUUGCUAAAAAAGGAGUACACCUUCAGAAGGGUCAGAUAAUAGCUUUCAUUAACAAACCUAGCAACUUGGCUUUCCUUGAAUUCCCCGAGAAUAACCGCAGUGUUGUUGGCAGAAGCCAUAUUUGGCAACAAAACGAAGUGUACUGUUUGGCUGUCAAAAGUUAA